UGCCGUCCCCCGCCAUCCAGCACGCCCAAGGAGGUGACCCAGCCCGCCUGGCGAACCUCAGUCAUGUAUGUUCCCCAGCGGCCGCCGGUGCAAGAUGACACCCCGAGCGACAUGGUCCGGUGGACGGCCGGUCUGUCCUCUCAAAGCCAGCGCGAGAAAUCCCUCGGGCCCUCGCUCGAUCCGAUCGAGGUUGGCGAGUGCUUGUUUAUCUCGCCCGAGCGGUGGGAGACCCCCUGGAAUCAGCUGAGUGGUGGAGAGGUCCAACGCAUUUCCCUCGCAAUGUCCUUUUCCCGGCGACCGGAUCUCCUGCUCUUGGACGAGCCGACCUCUGCCCUGGACACCGAGGCCACCAUGGCCACCGAGGAGCUGCUACUCAGCUCCCAGUCGCUGGCGGUCAUUGUCACCCAUAAUGACCAACAGGAGGAGCGUCUUCAGAGCAAGGUCCUGGAGAUUUUCCGCGGCGGAUCGUGGGUCGUGCGCGACGCGCGCAAGUGGAUCCAGUAGCGAGCUGGUCUUGACUGCUGGCGCCGUUCCCCGGCCCUCGAUAUGCACACCCUGCCUGGCCUUUCAUGAGGGCCCCCUUCCUCCCUCAGUGGUGCUCUCUUCGCGCAGAGCUCAUCCCCCCCCC